AUUUUUUAACUGUGCUAUGGAGUAGAAGCAGGAGGUUUUCAACCUAGUGACAGUCAGAGCAGCACCUACCCCCUCCUUCUUUCCACACCUGCAAACUCUUGCUUGGGCUGAAUAUUUAGUGUAAUUACAUCUCAGCUUUGAGGGCUCCUGUGGCAAAUCCCCGGAUUAAAAGGUUCCUUGGUUGUGAAAAUACAUGAGAUAAAUCAUGAAGGCAACUAUCAUCUUCCUCUUGCUUGCACAAGUUUCCUGGGCUGGACCAUUUCAACAGAAAGGCUUAUUUGACUUUAUGCUAGAAGAUGAGGCUUCUGGGAUAGGCCCAGAAGACCGCUUUCCUGAAGUUCCUUUAGAGCCUCUGGGACCCAUGUGUCCCUUCCGCUGUCAAUGCCAUCUUCGAGUUGUCCAAUGUUCUGAUUUGGGUCUGGACAAAGUGCCCAAAGAUCUUCCACCUGACACUGCCCUGCUGGAUCUGCAAAACAACAAAAUAACUGAAAUCAAAGAUGGAGACUUUAAGAACCUGAAGAACCUUCAUACACUGAUUCUCAUCAACAACAAAAUUAGCAAAAUCAGCCCUGGAGCAUUUGCACCUUUGGUGAAAUUGGAACGACUUUAUCUAUCCAAGAAUCAACUGAAGGAAUUGCCAGAGAAAAUGCCCAAAACUCUUCAGGAGCUGCGUGUCCAUGAGAAUGAGAUCACCAAAGUGCGAAAGGCUGUGUUCAAUGGAUUGAACCAGAUGAUCGUCGUAGAACUUGGCACCAACCCGCUGAAGAGCUCAGGCAUUGAAAACGGAGCUUUCCAGGGAAUGAAGAAGCUCUCCUACAUCCGCAUCGCUGACACCAACAUUACCACCAUCCCUCAAGGUCUUCCUCCUUCCCUUACUGAAUUACAUCUUGAUGGCAACAAAAUCAGCAAAGUUGAUGCAGCUAGCCUAAAAGGACUGAAUAAUUUGGCUAAGUUGGGACUGGGUUUCAAUAGCAUCUCAACUGUUGACAAUGGCUCUCUGGCCAACACUCCUCAUUUGAGGGAACUUCAUCUGAACAACAACAAGCUUAACAAAGUGCCUGGUGGGCUGGCAGAGCAUUACAUCCAGGUUGUCUACCUUCAUAACAACAACAUCUCUGCAGUCGGCUCUAAUGACUUCUGCCCGCCUGGAUACAACACCAAAAAGGCUUCUUAUUCGGGGGUGAGCCUUUUCAGCAACCCAGUCCAGUACUGGGAGAUCCAGCCAUCCACCUUCCGAUGUGUCUAUGUGCGCUCUGCCAUUCAGCUCGGAAACUACAAGUAGCUCCCAAGAAAGCCCUCAUUUUUAUAACCUGGCAAAAAUCCCGUUAAGGUCAUUGCUCAAAAAUAAAAAAUAAUAAAAAAAAGAAAGCUAGAUAUUGAAAACCUAACUUCAAUGUGGAUGUUUUUCCCACAUGACCUAUUAUUCGUAAAGCCAAAUAUUCAGUUUAAAUAAUUGCCUAUAAUAAAAAAAUAUUUUGCCUGUC